UUUGUUGACGGUAGAGGACGAAGGGAAGAUGGCGGCCCGCUGGAGCAGUGAGAAUGUGGUGGUGGAGUUUCGGGAUGCCCAGGCCACCGCCAUGUCAGUGGACUGCCUGGGCUCACACGCUGUACUGUCCGGGCGGCGUUUCCUGUACAUGGUGAACCUCGAGGCUCCGUCUGAGCCGCCGCGCAAAAUUGGGCGACAGAGUAAAUGGGACGUGGGGACGGUCCAGUGGAACCCUCACAGGUCAGAGUCCCACGUCUUCGCCGCCUCGAGUAACCAGCGUGUGGAUCUGUACUCGUGGCGUGACGGCUGUGGAGAAGUUCACACCUCUCUGCAGGGACACACUCGGGUCAUCAGCGAUCUGGACUGGUCCUGGUUUGAACCAGAGUUCCUGGUCACCAGCUCAGUGGACACCUACAUUUACAUCUGGGACACCAGAGACACUCGGAAACCGACGGUGGUGCUGUCAGCUGUCGCCGGAGCGUCUCAGGUGAAGUGGAACAGGAAGAACCAGUACCUGCUGGCGUCCAGUCACGACGGAGACGUUCGGAUCUGGGAUAAAAGAAAGCCGAACACGGCGGCGGAGUACGUGGCAGCUCACCUGUCGAAGAUCCACGGCCUCGACUGGCAUCCAGACAACGAGUUCAUCCUCGCCACGUCGAGCCAGGACAACUCAGUGAGGUUUUGGGAUUACCGACAGCCCAGGAAGUACCUGAACAUCCUGUCCUGUCAGGUGCCGGUGUGGAAGGCCAGGUACACGCCGUUCUCUAACGGUCUGGUCACAGUGAUGGUUCCUCAGCUGAGGCGAGAGAACAGUCUGUUGCUGUGGAGCACGCUCGACCUCAACAGUCCCGUUCACGCCUUCGUCGGACACGAUGACGUGGUGCUGGAGUUCCAGUGGAGGCCUCAGAAAGAAGGCUCGAAGGAUUACCAGCUGGUCACAUGGUCCAGAGAUCAGACUCUGAGGAUAUGGAGGGUGGAUCCUCAGCUGCAGAAGCUGUGUGUCAGUGACUUGGUGGAGGACCUGAUGGAGGGGAUGUCUCUCACCAUGGAGUCGGAGAAGUCUCUGUCGUCUCAGGAGCCCGACAGUCAAUACGGCGUCGGCGUUGCUGCUGAAAACCUGCAGGAUCAGGACGGCGCUCUGAGCUCGGCGGUGGGUUCAGGUGUCCCUCAGACUCUGCAGCAGGAGUUCUCUCUGGUCAACCUGCAGAUCAGAAACGUCAACGUGGAGAUGGACGCUUUGAACCGCAGCUGCGUGGUGUCGGCUCACUUCGGCAGCCAUCAGGUUCAUCUGGUGGUCAAGUUCCCCGCCCAGUAUCCAAACAACGCCGCGCCCACCUUCCAGUUCGUCUCCCCGACGACCAUCCCCUCCGCCACCAAGACCAAGAUCCAGAAGAUUCUGACCGACACGUCGCUGCAGAAAGUGAAGAGGAACCAGAACUGUCUGGAGCCGUGUGUCCGACAGCUGGUGUCCUGUCUGGAGUCAGACAUGACGCAGGAGGACGGUCCGGCCUCGGGCCCCUUCGUCCUGUCCAACCCGGUCACUCCGGCCCUGCAGGCGUUUCCUCGGGUCACCAACACGUACGGAUCCUAUCAGGAUGCCAACAUCCCGUUCCCUCGGACCUCCGGCGCUCGUUUCUGUGGCACCGGCUGUUUGGUUUACUUCACCCGACCAAUCACAAUGCACCGCUCUGUCCCGCCCACUGAGCCCACCCCCAGGUCGCUGUCCGCUCUGUCGGCCUAUCACAGCGGAGUGUUGACUCCGAUGAAGAUGCGCACAGAGUCUCAGAGCACUCUGCGUCUGUACAGCGGCAGCCCGACUCGCUCCGACAAAGACACCGUGUCCAUCUCCUCCUUCUACUAUAAAGAACGGAAGCUCCCAAUCUCUGCCUCCCGCCGCUGGUCUGUACAAACCCUCCGUGAUUGGCCGAAAUCCCGCCGAUUUAAGACGAAGCGAGAGGGGACUGACUAUGGCAACCGUCCCAUCAAGCUGGCGGGGAAAGUGAUCAUCCAGGAGAUCUCCUGUCUGCUGCCCGUCCACAAAGCUCUGGGAGAGAGCUACAUUCUGAACAUGAAUGACAUCCAGGAAACGUGUCAGAAGAACGCAGCGGCGUCGCUCACAGUCGGACGCAGAGACGUGGCGAAGGUGUGGGCGCUGGCGUCUGCAGCGACCAGUCAGGACCUGAGUCCAGACUCAGACCCGGACACAGAGACGCCCUGGGCCAGACACCCGUUUGGACGCCACCUGCUGGAGACUCUUCUGGAUCACUACAGUCACAUGAGUGACGUUCAGACUCUGGCCAUGCUGUGCAGCGUGUUCAGAACUCAGGCUCCGCCCCCCGACAGUUACUCUCUGUACGGACAUCAUCCGUCACGCUCCUCCAUGUUCCCGCCCCACCACUCACGAUACCCUAGCUACACGUCCAGCUCCGUCACUUCGGGCUCGUGCUCCAGCACCUCUGACUCCAUCACCGCCACCACCUGGAACACAGGUAGAGAGUCUGAGCACACCAACCCGUGGGGCGAGUCCUCUCCUGAUGACUAUCGCUAUGGCAACCAGGCCUACACCGAUCCACGGGAACGUGAGCGAGAGCAGCACGACAUGAACAAGAGACUGCUGGACCCCGCCAACACGCUGCAGUUUGAUGACUUCAAGAAGUGUUACGGUGAGAUCUUGUACCGCUGGGGUCUGAGGGAGAAAAGAGCCGACGUGCUGAAGUUCGCCUCGUGUCCUCCUGAACCUCACAAAGGCAUCGAGUUUGGUGUUUACUGCUGUCACUGUCGCAGUCAGGCUCGUGGGACUCAGUGUGCCGUUUGUAAGCGUCUGACCUUCCAGUGCGCCAUCUGUCACGUGGCCGUUCGAGGCUCCUCCAACUUCUGCCUGAGCUGUGGUCACGGAGGACACACCAGUCACAUGAUGGACUGGUUCCGUCGGCAGGACGAGUGUCCGGCCGGCUGCGGCUGCCACUGUCUGCUGCAGAGCACCUUCUGAUGUCACACAGACGCUCUGCAGACUAAAACCAACGCUCCUCUUCAGAGAUGGGUGGUGUGACGUGACGGAUCUGAAGCUCUGAUGCACAGAGCUUUAACGGCUCCAUCAUGUGACCAGGCUUUAACAUGAAACAGCUGAUGUCCACGUCAGUCCGUCCAACACUUUGUGUGUUCAUCAUGAAGCUCAUUCAGAGGAUGAACUUUGUGUUUUGGACACGUUCGUCUAACAGGACAAAAUGUUCUUCAGUCAAAGCUACGAUCUGUAACUUCUGUGUCUCAGACAGGAAGUGUAUCGUUAGCCACGCCGCUGCACAGCUGACCUCUCACCUGUCAGUGACAGGAAGUCAUCACUGCUGAGGUCUAGCUUAUGUGCCCUGUUCCAUCACACGUUAGUAAUGAGUGAUGGAUGAGAUUCGAUCUGCAGCUAACUAUUGAUUAAUCUGAGGAUUCUUUUCUCAGUUAAUGGAUUCAUCACUGGUCUAAAACACGUUAGGAAAUAGUUAAAAAUGUCCGUCACAUUUCCCCAGAGCCUGCAGUGAUCCCUUCAAAGGUCCAAAUUCAAACAUAUUAACUUUUAUAUCACAUAAAACAAAGAAAAGCAGCUAAUCAGAGAAUAAUUAGAUUUUUUUUACUUUAUAAAAUGAUUAAAAUGAUUCAUUAAUGAUCAGAAUAGUUUUAGAACAAUUUCCUAACGAUUAAACAACUCAUGGCUGCAGCCCUGGAUGUGACCUGAUGGCGCUGGUUGACGAGACAUUUAUGCUUCUUCCUGUCUCUGUCUGAGUGACGGCUGAAGAGAGACGUGAUCACACGACUGUUUUUUAAUGUGAAGAAGAACUUUCUGAAUAUUCUCUGUUAGGAAAUGAAGAAUGUGUGAAGAGUUUAUGAAUGUAGUUCAUGCAAAAUAAUAAAAGUUUGUUUGAAUUCA